CGAUAUAUAUUCUCUGUCUUUGACACCGAGGAGCCGCAGCAACAGUCGCAGCACUAUUCCCUUUGGCCUACUCCUGCCAACCUCCAUGGUUCCUGGAUUUCAGCUCGCGCUUGGCUCCUCCAAUGUCCAUAAUCCUUCACUAGCACUUGCUAUUCCUGACUGAUCUCCAGCUAGAGAGGCCCGUACCGAGGACAAUUGACGUGGAUGCUGCUCCGCUGUGUCGGCACCGGGUGGAUGCAUCUUCUGGAAACUUUCUAGCUAAUAACUAUAGCUGACGGCCGUGGACGGCACCCUCUAUCUUCACACGGUCUCGCUUCCCUGCCGUGCGGCUCGUCGUGCUUGUGCUAAAAAUGCAUAUAAGCAAAGUGGUUUAGGAGAGCACCUCCUCGGUCUAUCAUCUCCUUUCACCGCUUUCUGCCACUGCAAAGCGUCAAGACCAGACCCCAACAUUGACUAUAAGUGUCCAGCGCUACUUCUUCAACAUCAUGUCUUGGACCUACUCAACCUCUCGGGAAUCUCGCGACGACUUCCGAGAAAGCGCGGAUGCAACUCAGGCGGCUCCGUCAAUUGCGCACAUUGACGAGAGAACACCUUUGCUCGAUACCGGUUCUGGCCUUUUUCAAGGCAUCUGUUCUGCUCCCGAGCGCGCAAAAGCCGUCGAAGCUUCGGCCAGUCCCUUGCAGCCUGAACGUGAACUAUGGCCUUUUGCGCCUGAAAGGGAUGCUAAGGCUAAGGAGCAAGAGGAAGGUCAGCGCACGAAUGCCACGCCACGACAUAGCGCGGUGCCCAAGUUAGGAAACAAAGUGAGCUGCAUGGCGUUAGGGAGGGGGCCAGAGUCCGGAACUGCCACUCAAGGCGUCAUUGAGGCGGAUAUUCAUCCAUUCAUAUAUGCCGGCUCUGCUGCUCCAGGCAGCCUCAACAUUUCGCCCUCUGUCGUAAUCGUUGAGAAGAGAAGUGCUGAACCCUGUGCAGAGCUAAUAUGUGCAUGGUGGACGCACUCCGCAAAAGACGCCGUUUUGUGGCUGGAGAUUGCAACCCACACAGUUGACUAUAUCCGCAGCGAUCACACUCCUGCGAACGUCUGGGGCUUGAGCUCAAGCUACAGCAGCAUCGAACGCCUCCCCCGAUCGCAGACGAGCUCAGCAUAACUGCACCGAGCUCAUCGCAUG